AGGGCAGGACCGCAUCCCGGAGCUGCCUGAAGCAGCUAGCUCUUUAUUCAGACUUAACCAUUUCUUAUUUGGUUAAUACACCAAAGAGAGCAUCUCGGAGCUUUGCUAUCGAGGUUACUCCACAGCCUCAACUGGAAAUCUGAGUCUGAAUCCGGAGGCAAGACAUCUCAGAGAGGCUACCGACACCACGGAGAAAGUGACGGACGGAGCAGAGCCUGAUCACCGGGAUUUUUUUUUCUUUCUUUUCUUUUUUUUUUUUUUUUUUACAUCGCAUCGCAUCUGUUUAGGAUAUUUCAGGCAGCUGCUUUGGCCCAGCCUUGAUUUCUUUCAGGGUAUCUUCACACAAUAUUGCCUAGAUAAUAUUAAUAACAUUUGCAUGAUACAUUUCACAUAAGGUCGUCUAUAGUGAGCAGGCGGACCACUUUAAACCCAUGCGUAACAGCGGAGGAUUUUGGAAUACUGCGUAGCAGUUCAACCACCCAAUCUUUCGAUGAACAGCUCUGUUAUUUGGAAAUAUCUACAAGCGUAAAGAGGAGCAACCAGGACCUUUUACUUUGUUCCGGAGGCUAAACGUUGAAAACCCGAAGCGCACUUGGUGCGCAAUCCUUCUGAGGACGCUCCUGAAAUUGCCGACCUGCGCUUUUGCCCUCGACAAAAAUUGGCAGCCGAGUCGAGAAAAAAGGCAAAGCUUAUUAACUUUGCAUGCUAGAAGCUAGAGUGUGGAAUCUAAUUCGCGGGGUUACCGGUAUAUUUGCAUACCAUCGGAAGAGGAUAAACUUAAUCAGCAUUUGACAUCGACAAAGCGGCUGCUGGAUUUCGGAGAACAGAAUGAAUCCUUUUUAAUUUGGACCCCAGAAGUAUUACCGGUAGGCAGAUUGCUCAGUGAAUACUACAAUCUGCAUGGAGUUCUAGUCUGCACUACGGAGCAAUUUAUGGUUGGCCGCAGAACUCCCCCGGCUGUAGUACUGUGCCCACCUCGCCAUGCUGGCCUGUCUGCAGAGGAGGCAAAACCCUCCACCCCAGCACCCGGUGUGUGCCAGCAAGACCCUGGAGCCACCGCAAGCCCUUGGACGGAAAUGUGAGCUUUUGGUGCCCACGCAUUCUCCACGCUACCCCACUGCAGCAGAACUUGAUGCCUACGCUCAGAAGACGGCAAACAGCCCCCUAUCCAUCAAAAUCUUCCCCACCAACAUCAGGGUUCCCCAGCACAAGCACCUUAACCGGACUGUGAAUGGAUAUGACACCACGGGGCAACGCUAUAGUCCCUACCCACAUCUCCACACAGGGGGCUAUCAGGGCCUGCUCGCCAUCGUCAAGGCCUCCUCCUCAUCAUCAUCAACAUCCACCUUUGUCCCCUCAAAAGGCAUUGUCAAGAACUCUGAAGGCAGACGGACUAAGCUCUCGCCAGCCCACAUAGCUGUUGCCCCAUACCCACCCCCUAAUAGUAGCACUUUAGCCAGUGGCCACAGCCAAAUGGUAUACCACACCGGGCCCUCAAAGCCUCCAGAAGGCCCUGGACUGUCAGUUCCCCCAAAUGUCACUGUAGCUGGCUCAGUGAUUCCUGUAACAGGGGGCCGAGGCCUGGCCCUGCCUGCACAGUCCAACCUCCCCUCCAUCCAGAGCAUCAUCUACCAGAUCAACCAGCAUUGCCAGGCCCAGGCUCUGCAGCAGGUGUGUCAAGGGGCUGCCACUGCACCAUCAAAUUCCAGCCCCUCCAAGCAGGGAACAACUGUCAUGGGGGUCUCGUCUAGCUCCUCAGGUGGAGGCUACGUGGUAGGAAUGGGUCCCCAGGCUAACAUGGUGUACACAGGACCAGGGCUGCCAGCUCAAAAUGCGGAGGCGAUGAAGACUGGUGUGUACGCAGACGGUAUGGACUAUAUCCUUUGGCAGAAGCAGCAACAACAACAGCAGCAGCAGCAGCAGCAACAAGCUGUGCUCCGCAUGUACAGUGGAGGUAGUGGAGGAGGGGGCGCCAUCAGCAAGUCCCCCGAAACCUGUGUUCCAGGGGGUGGGAUUAUGGCGACCCAAGUGUCCUCUUCUUCCUCCAGACCUUACCACCUGACAGCUAGUGCUAGCGGAGGAGCCGGGCUGGACAAAGUCAGCUCUUCCCCUUUGAACUGUGUGGGUAUGCAUGGAAAUUUCUCGGUGGGUCAAUACUUUGCCCCACCGUGGAACAGUGUGCUGGUGACACCUGACAGUGACUGCUACAACCCCCAGGAGCUUCUGGGCACUUCUACAGGAGGGCCGGCCACGGGGCACAGAGAGAUGGGCUACCCCCACCACCAUCACCACUACCACCACCAUCAUCACCACCCUGCUAUUGACAGCGGGGGAGGUUUGUGCUGCAGCCUGCCCAGCAAGAGCUUGUGCAACACGUCUGUGCUGAGCAGCAGCUUGCAGUCUCUGGAGUACCUGAUCAACGACAUCCACCCACCCUGCAUCAAGGAGCAGAUGCUUGGCAAAGGCUACGAGACUGUGUCUGUGCCACGUCUGUUAGACCACCAGCAUGCACACAUCCGCCUCCCUGUUUACAGAUAGAGGGGGUAAAAACAGGAGGAAAAGAAUCAAGAGUUGUGAAUUUCUGAGGAAAAUCAAAGUUAAAGAAGUGAGAUGUUUUUUGGGGCACAGAGUUGUUAUGAGUGGCACUGCUUUAACUAGUGUGGGAGCUUAGACAAGGGCAGUUGUUGUGCUGUGUGACCUUAGGUUUGGUGGCUUCAAGGCAGGCUGUGGGAAUCCCAAAUAUGAAAGGUGGUAGUGAUUGCCAGUGGGAGAGAAAAGGGAUUUCAAGAUUCUCCAGAUGUUCCAUUGUGUGGUUUGCCAAUAGGAAAUUUUUGAAUGAUUUAUUUUUUCCUGUGUUUUGUUUUUUUUUCUCUUUGUUGUUGUUUUACUUGCCUGAACUUUUUUUGAUGAGAAUCAUAGCUUGACAUGAAGUGCAUACGCCACUUGUAUCCCCCUUCCAAAUACUAAGGAUGAAGCUACUGUGUAGGUUGUCACUGAAAUGGUCUUAAAAGGGCCGAUGUUUAGGGCUGCUUUCAAAAUCCAAAACUCUGUAACAGUACAUACAUAAACACACACAUAGACAAAUACAUACAGAUACAAAAUGUACGUAUACAUGAGAAUAAGAUUAUAGGCAGUACUCGGGUGUUAUGUACAAGGAUCAUAAGGUUGAAUUAAAAGGAUAGUACAAUAUUAGCUAUUAUUGCUGUUAUAAUUGAUACAUAAAUUGCACUGCUUGAAUCUUGUUAACUUUGAAGUUUGGAAUUGGGUAGUUUGGAUAUGAUAUAUUUAAGAAACUUGAAAAACUUGAACCUAUUUUUUGUUGUUUUAUAUAUUUGUAGGUAUAUUAUAUGCAUUGGCUGCUAUGGGGAAAAGUGUCUCAAAUGCUUUUUUUAAUUUUUAUUUUUUUUCCACUUUUGUUUUUAUGAUUUAAUAUUCAUUCCUCCUCAAGCUGAUGUGCAGUUUCUUAUGCCCUGGUGUGAGGCAUAGUUGCUGCUUUGGUUCUGUAAGAACCUGGUCGGAGAGUUUUCCUUACCAACACUGGAAUCUACAAUAAAUCUUGAAAUACUUAUUUAAAAAGAAAAUGUUGCAAAAAAAAAUUCAAGAAAAAGAAAUGUUACAAUGAAGAAUGUGAUUGGGGGGGUUAUCUACAUAACCUUACGUGUAUGUUAAUGCGUGUAUGUGGCUGAGUGCAUGCGCGUGUGCAUUUUAGUUUGUGUUCUUCAAAAUCCUCAGACUUUUUUUUUUUUUAUUGUGUCAUUACAGGAUUUCUACUACGAAGACUGAAAAACUGAUUUGCCAGUCCCAUAAACAUCAUAUCUGAGUAAUGUACAGGAGAUUUUUUGCAAAUCUUGCUCCCUGUUACCUGAGGCUUUAGAUAUUCGCUGGAACCAGUAGAGACCAAGUUCUCACAUGACUCCUUUGUAACUGUAGUUACAGUACUGCAGCCCCUUCCUCUGUCAGGUGUUAUCAUAAUGACAGAGAGAGGCAGACACAAAUGGAAAUCCUAUUUUUGGGGGGUGUUCUUCACCACUGCGCCUGCAAACUAAAACGAAAUUAAAACAAUCAUGCCCUGUCCUCUGGCGUCAGAUGAAAUGAGACGACGCUCACUGCUUUUCCUUGUCCAUUUCAGCCCCUGGUUGGGAUGCAUUUAGCCUGGGCCAGUCUUAUAACUUGAUGAUUCAGAGCAGUGAAAUAUUUAUAAUGACUGUGAGAUUCCCUUGAAUGUACUGCACUUAAAUUACUCCGAUGUUUCAUUGCCUUGUGGGACUCAAGUGAAAGAGAAAAAUUGGAUCAGUGCAGCAGUCCUCUGCUCUUAAAUUAGCAUUUCUUUUGUCAGUCAAAUUUCAAUGGUAAAUUGAAUUUAUUAACUGGAGAGAGAGAGAGAGAAAGAGAGAGCCGCAGCUUUGUUGUGGGGAAAUACUGGCAUCAGUCUAGAUUUAUGAAGUGCAAUUAUUAUGACUGUAUUAACAUUUUUUCUCUGAGCUUACACCAAAAAAUGUAAACUACAGUUGUCAAUACAUUCCCAAUGUACCACAUCCCUAAUCCCUUUUCUUUUUUUUUUCUUUUUUUUUGUUUUGAGGUGUAAAAUAAAUUUCUUUAAGAAUAUA